AUGGCGACACAGACAUAUGUCACGGAUUUGCAAGUGAUGAAUUCGACUGCUGUGCAGAAUGGAACUGUAGUGAAAACAUCUGCAGCCAACGCUCAAGGUGGAGGCCAGCAGGGACAGAAGACUACCACAAUCAUCCAGCCGGCUCAAGCACACACUGGCCAGCAGUUUAUUGUCACUAGUAAGUUGCUGCUUUAUAACUGUCAGAUUAUAGUUUUUUAUAAACAUUAUUUGUCAUCUCUUGUGUGUUCUUAUCCAUAUCUCUGCCUCCCUUGCUUCUUCUUCGGUCCUUCUGUCAGAAAACUUAUAUCAGGAGGCCAGUAG